AUGUUAAUUGCACAACAUAGAAUUCCUUUAGUAAGUAGUCUUUCUAAAUAUGAUAUACAUGGGAAAAGCUUCAGAGAUAAUUCAGAACUAAAUAAAUGUCCAAGAAUCUAUGCAGAAGAGGAAUCUUUGAAGUAUAAAGGAUUUGAGAAAGUUUUCAACCAGGAUUUACAGCUUAAUCUCCAUCAUAUUCAACAUUCUAGAGAGAAAUCCUAUAAAUGUAAUGAAUGUGGGAAAGCCUUCACCAAGUGGGCAAAUCUUACUCGACAUCAGAGAAUUCAUUCUGGAGAAAAACCCUUUAAAUGUAAUGAAUGUGGGAAAGCCUUCACCCAAAGGGCACAACUUACUCAACAUCAGCUUACCCAUAGUGGAGAGAAACCAUUUAAGUGUUAUGAAUGUGGAAAGGCCUUUACUCAAAGGGCACAUGUAACUCAACAUCAACUUACCCAUAGUGGAGAAAGACCUUAUAAAUGUAAUGAAUGUGGUAAAGCCUUCACCAAUCGAGGAAUACUUACUGAUCAUCAGAGAAUUCAUUCUGGAGAGAAACCUUAUAAAUGCAAUGAAUGUGGGAAAGCCUUUACCAAGAGGGGAAUACUUACUCAGCAUCAGAGGAUUCAUUCUGGAGAGAAACCUUAUAAAUGUAAAGAAUGUGGGAAAGGCUUCAACAGGAGUACACACCUUACUUUACAUCAACACACUCAUAAUCAAGAGAAACCAUUUAAGUGUAAUGAGUGUGGGAAAGCCUACAGCCAGAUUUCACAGCUCAAUACUCAUCAAAGAGUUCAUUCUGCAGAGAAACCCUAUAAAUGUAAUGAAUGUGGGAAAGCCUAUAGUCAGAUUUCACAGCUUAAAAUUCAUCAAAGAGUUCAUUCUGGAGAAAAACCCUAUAAAUGCAGUGACUGUGGGAAAAGUUUUAACAGGAAAACACAUCUUACAAGGCAUCAGAGAAUUCAUAGUGGAGAGAAGAACCUUGCCCAUAAUAGAGACUUAAUGAAUGUUUGUUGAAUUGAAAAUGAAUUGCUUGUUGAAUUCUAAGAAGCCUAAACAGCAUUGCUAUAAUUUACAAGACUAGCUACUUUUCAAAAAAGAAAAUGUUAGUCAUGCAUGCUUGAUGAAGUUAUGCUAAUCUUUUAAUAAUUUCUACAUCCUUAUUCAAGUAUAUAUUAAAUUUAAUAUUGCAU